AUGCCCGUCAUCUCGCUGGGACGCAUCGAAGACGCGCAUGAAAAAGGUGUCUGGGCGAUAACGAAGCUUGGUAACGGUAGGUUUUUGUCCGGAGGACUUGACGGGGCGUUGAAGCUCUGGCAGUUAGGGGCGCAGGAGCGAGGUCCGGUGGACGCUGCGCCCGCUGCCUCAGCACAGGAAGGCGACACCGCUACCAGUACGUCCGCUGGAGAUGAGGUAGCUGAGUUGGUUGCACACUGGCCUCAAGCGCAUCAUUUGGCAGUCACGAGCCUUGAUUCAGUGCCGGCACAAAAUCUAGCAGUUUCCACCGGAUUCGACGGCCGCAUCCGAGUGUGGAAGCUCGACGCUACGACUCCAGAGCAGGCAGCGCUCAGCGAGCACCAACUGAACCCGCUGGAGGCGUUCCAGGUAGCCGUAUCCGCGGGUGCAGACUCUGUGGCGAUAGGCGGGGACGUGUUCGCGGGAGCUUCUCAGCCGCAACGCAUAUGUCUUGCCGCUCUCUAUAGACUGCCUCUGCUCGAGAAAGCGCAUAGUCUAGAAGUUGAACGCGACGCUCGUCUCGAGCAGUAUCGCUUCACGACCUGCGUGCGCUUUGCCGCAUCCGCGGCUACAACCGCACCAGCGAACAUGCUACUUUGUGGAGGUAACAAUGGCACGCUUGUGGCUGUGGACAUCAACACGGAAGCAUGGGACUGUGUGACGCUUGCGUCUGAUCAUCAAAGCGGCGCAAGCGUUUCAGAAAUCAAGUCAAGUGGAUUACCUGUUCGGGCGCUUGCGCAAACCAAGAAAGAGCCAUCGAUCGUAUUUUGUGCUAGCGAAGACGAAUGCAUCCAUGUCGUGGAUUGGCGUAUGUGCGAAGAGGCGAGCAUCUUUGCGACGGCCGGCUCGGGGCCGCUCUUCGCGGUAACAGUCACCGAGGAGGAGCCGGUGUUAGUCUUUGCAGCGGGUGCUGAUGGGCAAGUUCGAGCCUACGAUCGGCGCAGUGGAGAAUGCGUCUACACGCAAAAUGCUGAGACGCGCAAAGCGAUAUGGUCGCUGGAAUCGAUCGACCGCGAGGGUCUCGGUGCUCCGCGUAUCGUGCUUGGUGGUGAUGACGGAUACCUUGAGGUUUUGAAGGCCUGA